UUUUGAGCAGUUUUGUAUCAAUUAUUGUAAUGAGAAGCUACAGCAGCUAUUUAUAGAAUUGGUAUUAAAGCAGGAACAGGAAGAAUAUAUGAAGGAAGGAAUAGAAUGGCAGCAUGUUGAUUAUUUUAAUAAUAAAGUAAUCUGUGAUCUGGUUGAUGGAAUAUUAGCUAUAUUAGAUGUUGAUGUUUAUUUUAAGGUUGAUUAUUUUAAUAAUAAAGUGAUCUGUGAUCUGGUUGAGUUACAACAUAAGGGAAUAUUAGCUAUAUUAGAUGUUGAUGUUUAUUUUAGGUUGAUUAUUUUAAUAAUAAAGUAA